AUGGAAGAUGUGUUCGGGCUGAGCGUACCCCCAAUAUACGUUGUGGGACUUCAACCUUUCUUCCAAUGGACACUCAGCGUACCGGUUCUCAGAGUUCACGCCGCAGCGUACUGGCUAGGGGCGACGCAAAUAUACCCCUUCUUGAGGGAAUAUUCGUGUCGGUUAUAUCCCAAGCUGCGUAACGGGAUCAUCCCUCUAGAUUACGCGCAUCUUGGAGAGCUAGCCGCGUUUGUAGCUCUGUAUACCCGUGUCAUGACACGUACUAUGUCGCGCGUAGCCUCUCGUGAAGCUAAUAGAAUCGAUGCACUCCGCCUUCCUCCCGAAGUGUGGCUUUGUAUCCUCCGGGAAGCAACAGCCAUGACAUACGACCCUCUCGACCCUUCACAAGAAUUAUCAUUCCUCGACUCGCCUUCCUUCCGCCGGAAGGACUACUGCAAGUGCAUGCAAAACAAGCUGACCCUGUCGCUCGUCAGCAAGAGCUGGAACGUUUGGGUCCGGCAAUACUUAUACGAGUUCGUUUGGAUCAGCCGCGCAGGUCAGGCCAAGGCACUCGCACAUACGCUACUGCUACAAGAUAUGGCGCGCGGCGAAACUUGCGGUCGCUUCAUCCACCGUCUACAUAUACAAACAUCCAUCCUUGAGCGGUGUCUCCCCGCGGACCUGAGGACGAUCGUGACGUAUUCACCACAGCUCAUCAUAUUCACCGACCACCAGUCCAUACAGCGAAAUCGAUACGAGGAGGCACCCGACCCCAAGUGCUCACCGGACAAGAUCUUCUCGCUACUCGCACAUCCGAAUAACAAGCUGCGACGACUAUCGUGGACGACAUACGACGAUACCCCUUUCCACCUCGACAUGUGCCCGCUCGUGAGUCGACCCACGAUCCACCUCGAAUACUUCGAGCUCUCCUCCUGCUCCCCCAACUUCUCUGCCAUCCUCCCGCAGUCUCUCCAUCACACCGCCGUGUACGUUUCGCUCCCCAACCUCCGCUCGCUCAAAGUCAGCCUCGACAACGUCACCUUCGCGGUGCUCGCCGCUUGGGACAUGCCGCAACUCACGAACCUUUCGGUCGUCUCCGCAGACUACAGUUACGCCGGCAGCGGGUUCUCCGCCUUCUUCGAGCAGCACGGGCCAAAGAUCAAGCAGCUCGAGCUCGGGCACUCAUCAUCGCUUGUCGAGGAGUACGUGCUCGCGCGCCCCCAGCACGCCGCGAACCCGCAGACCAUCCGGCUGGCGGAGUGGUGCCCGAACCUGCAAGAGUUCAUCUGCUCCGCGGACGCCGAAUGGCAUUGGCAGACGCCCGACUGGAUCGCGCCGCACGUGCUCCUCCCGACGCACCCGACGCUCGAGUUCAUUGGCAUCCGCGACAUGGACGCGCGCCUGCGCAACGACGCCGCGCUCCCGUGGGCGACGUCCACCGCGGACGACGCGCCAUUCUUCCCGCUGCUCGAGCAGCUGUCGAGUCUCCUGCGCAAGGAGGCGUUCCCGCGCCUGCGGUACGUGCGCGAUUUGAGCGAGGAGAGCCACCGCAUGCGCUCGUGCCACCCCGAGAGCCGCAUCGUCAGCUUCUGGGGCAAGGUGAUCAAGCGGUGCAGCGCGCGCGGCGUCUGGCUGGAAGAUUACUCAGGGGUGAAUGUCACCCUGCGCGCUCUGAAGCGGGCGAGCCUCAAUCUAUGAACGUUCCUCCCGGGUUGCUCUGGAUACCAUUCGGUUCUCAUAUGUUCUUCUGGGUUGAUUUCUGUGCUGGUUGGCAUUUCGUCAUGACCAUGUAUGUUUUAAUGACCGUUAUCGCUUUCCUGUUCCAUGACGACGCUCGCAAUGUCUAUACUAUUUUAUGCUGUAACGUGUAGUACUAAGCUUGUAUGACCUCCUCUGUUCGAUAUCCCGCCAUGAUGUCGGGGAUGAUAUACCGAACUGAAGACAAGAGUCGAGAGCCAAACUUAUAGAAGAACAAACUUG